AUCUAUCCCAGAAUCCAAUGUGUGGAGUUAUCGCCAUUUCCAGUUUGGGAAAGUCGACUCAUAAAUGAAAUUUUAAUUAAGAAGUGACUAUACACCUUUGGAGAGUUUUCGUUGCAUACAGAAAACGGCAAGAAAAAGUCAUACGGGAUUAUCCAGUUUGUUAGUGUAUAAUUGAAGUUGAUAUUGUUUUUAAAAAAAGACAAGAUGUCGAAGGCUAAAACGCAGCAACCAGCCGUUAUACAUAAAGUGAUAAUGGUGGGAAGUGGUGGUGUGGGUAAAUCAGCUUUAACGCUACAGUUUAUGUAUGAUGAGUUUGUGGAGGAUUAUGAACCAACUAAAGCUGAUUCAUACCGUAAGAAAGUUAUAUUAGAUGGAGAGGAGGUACAGAUAGAUAUACUAGAUACAGCCGGACAGGAAGACUAUGCAGCCAUCAGAGAUAAUUAUUUUCGUAGUGGUGAAGGAUUUCUCUGUGUAUUUUCUAUAACAGAACAAGAAUCUUUUCAAGCAACAGCAGAUUUUAGAGAACAAAUAUUACGUGUUAAAAAUGAUGAAAACAUUCCGUUUUUAUUGGUCGGCAACAAAAUGGAUCUUGACAACAAACGUCAAGUUAGUUCGGAGGAAGCAUCGAGACGUUCUGGAGAAUGGAAAGUGAAUUAUGUCGAAACAUCUGCUAAAACUAGGGCUAAUGUUGAUAAGGUUUUCUUUGAUUUAAUGCGUGAAAUUCGGUCCCGUAAAAUGGACGCUAGUAAACAGAAUAACGGCAAACAGCGAAAAAACAAAGAUCGUAAGAAGACGAAAUGCGUUAUUUUGUAAUGGAAGGACAUCAUUACAUCAUAAUAGGCUUCAACCAUUUUCUUUUUCUACAUCGUGCAAUGAGAGGUGUUUAUCAUUCAAACUAUGAACAUUAUAUAUGUAAUAAUGGCUGUAUAUUAUACAGCAUAAAGUGAUGACUAAUCUGUUUUUGUGCUCAUCACAUUUGAUGAUGUCACGAUUUUCUGUGAUGACAUCACAGUGACUAAUCAGUUUUUGUUAUAACAUCAUAUAUAUGUAGCUUUUGGAAGAUGUUUCUGAUGUGGCAGAAUUUGGAGAAAUGAAGAUUAGAAUCUGGAAAAAGGUUGAAAUAUCCAACUUUUUCAGUGUGAAGACGUUUUUUUUUUUAUAUACUGACUCCUGCGUCAAACAUUUUAGGAUAGGAAUUGUUAUAUUUUUUUUUAUGAAACAAAUUAUAAAAUGAAUCGGUGCUUUUCAGUUUUAACGUCUAUGAAAAAAAAAAAAAAAUCUUUGGUGGAUUGAUGAAAUUUCAGAGUAUUAUUCCUAAAUUAAAAAUAUUUGUUGAUAUGAUUGACUUGUUAUCUGCUGGAAUCUUUCUCUAACUAUCAGUGGACACAAAUACUGUCAGUGAAUCAAAAUAAUUCUUAUUUCAAAUUACAAUGAAGAUGGUGGUUCAAUAUUACAAGUGCAAAAUAUUUUUAUUUUAAAGAACCAUUUUAAAGGGAUUUUUUUUCUGUGUAUUUUUUUUUAAUGUCUUUCUUGUUAUAUUAAAUGUAUGCAAUUGUUUGUUGAUGUAGCUUUAUAUUAUAAAAGCUGAUAAUUUAUUCUUUUUUGACUUAUGGCAAAUACCAUGUAUAUAUAUAUAUAUAAUAACGCAGAUAUCUCCAUCGUCAAUAGACAACCAUUUAAUAUGCACGCUGAUAUAUACAAAUGUGUUCUAUAAUGGGCUGGUCUACUGAUAAAUCAAUUUACUUAAAAAAAAAAAAAACGAAAAGACAGUCUGCUUCUUUUCUUUCUCUUUUUAUUUUUUGACGAAAAUGUUUGAUUUUUUAACGUAUCACUCAACAUUCUAAGUUUUUCAAGAAUAUUUUGAUUUGUUAUAAUGAAAUGGUUAAGUCAAUUAGGUCAAAAAAAUUAGGUCAAACCUAUACUUGUUCAUUUGAACUAAUGUGUCCGAUACUCAUUAAUUAAUCGUUUAACACGGGUUAAGUUAAUAACGCCAAACCUAUACUUGUUAACUUUAUCUGAUGUGUUAAUUAAUUGUUUAACACAGGUUAAGUUAAUACCGCCAAGCCUUUACUUGUUAACUUGAUCUGAUGUGUUAAUUAAUCAUUUAACACAGGUUAGGUCAAUGACACCUAUGCUUGUUAACUUGAUCUGAUGUGUUAAUUAAUCAUUUAACACAGGUUAGGUCAAUGACACCAAACCUAUGCUUGUUAACUUGAACUGAUGUGUUAAUUAAUCAUUUAACACAGGUUAAGUCAAUGACACCUAUAGGCUAUACUUGUUAACUUGAACUGAUGUGUCGGAUACUUGUUAAUUAAUCAUUUAUUUUUAAAAUGGUUGUUAAAACUUAAUAGAAGCAGACUUUCCUUUUUAUACAAAAAAUUUAAAAAAAAAAAAACAGUAGACAACUCACCCAUUUCUUCUCUAUAUGUCGUACUCGCGAAAUAUAAAAAAAAAAAAAGCGAUGUCUUAGCUUUAUAAUUCAUCCGGUACCCAUCAUACCUACCCUAGUAUUAUUGUAUGAUUUUAUAUUAUGAAGCCAAAAAAAUCCCAAUCCUGGUGCAAGAGGAAAAGUAGUAGUAGUUGCAUUAGUCGUUGAGCAACUUCUAGAAGAUGGGGGAGGGGCGGAUAACAUCCUUUUGAUAGAGCUCUUCAGAAGACGUAGUUUCAUUUGUUGUUGAAACGCUGCAGUUGCCUUGAUUAGUCCGAACGGUUUAUUGAUAGUUGAAAGGGUUGUAUAAUAAUGAAGUUAUUGUUUAAUGUGUAAUAUUGUACAAGAAUUAGACAAGAAACGAAGUUGGAGAUUAAGAUCGCAAGUGCUUUACAUUUCCAACUCAUUUCACAAAACACAUGAUUACCUCCCUUGGUCUAUAAAAUUAUAAAAAAUUGAAGAUAAGAGGUUAGACAAGGUAUAAUAUAUUAUAUAGAAUUUCAAGUUUUAUGAAAGUGUCAAGUAUAGUCAGUGUUAUAGGGGGUGCUCGAUUGUUUAUCCAGAAAGUUCCGAAUCGACGGAAUUGUAAUCAAAUGAUUCGUAAUUCAGUCCCAUCACAGUUCUCUCAGUUCCGCCAACGGAAGUGGUGUGAGUUGAAUCUUUAGUUAUCAACUGUCAUGACGGGUUGAGAUUUUUUUUUUUUUUUUUUAUGAUUGUCUGCAGUUUUGGGAUUGAGAUAAUUCAAUUCUUGAACUUGAACUUGAGUAGUCCAUAGUUUAGACAAGGGAGAUAAUAAAUAUAAAAUAUCAGGAAUAAUAAAAAUGUCCCGUAUGUUUAGUAUAGUCAGUAUUUUAGUCUAGACAAGGGAGAUAAUAAACAAUGUCCAGUAUAUUCUGUAUACCAUAGUCAAUGUUUUAGUUUAAUCAAGGGAGAUAAUAAAAUAUAUACAAUAUCAGGUAUAAUAAAGGUUGCCAGUAUAUCCUGUAGCUAUGUGUAAAUGUACAUAAUUAUAUUAUAUUUUAUAUGAUAAUAUUCUCUUAGAAUUAAAAGCAUUAUGUUGCUCAACCAGCCUGUAUUUAGUUCGUGUUAGAUUAGUUUUGAGUAAUAUUAUUUGUAAAUACAACAAUAUGGUACUGAUCCCUUAUAUAUAUAAACCCUAGUUACACUUCCUCAGCCUUCUUUCAAAAAAUAUACCAAUGACCAAACCUCUUAGUUAUUCAUGGUCUUUAUAAAUAAAUAACUCACUCAAUUCACAUGUGCAAAUGUUUUGUUUAAAUUUUAAAACUUAAAAAUGUAGAACUAAAAACUUUUGAGAAGAAAAACUAAAUGCUUUGUGUUGUUUUUAAAAAAAUUUCCCAGAAAAACUGAAGGCCAAAUUUUUAAUAGAAAUUCCAUUCUCAGUGGCCUAUAUCAUUAUUUACAGAAGGAAAUGAACCAAUUCGGCUGUUUUCCCAUUUAUUGGUUUUCCAGUUAUUCAAACUUUUGAGCCACCAUUUAUUAACAAGUUAAUCUAAUAUUUUGUCAAAUUGCCACCAAGAAUUGAUUCAAGUAUAUAAAGUACCACUUUAUAGAAUAAGAGAUUGUAGGUUAUCAACUAGAAUCAAAUAAUACCUGCCUCAGCAUUAAUAUAUUCAUUUCCUGUCAGUGUUCAUGUUAUAAUGUAAAAUACUUCUGUUUGCAUGACCAAUAUUAUAUUCAGUUAUUUAUGGCUAAAUCUAUUUCUUAAGGCCAGCUCAAUUUUUGUCAAGGUCGCUGAGAUGUAAAUAAGGUUAGGGAACGUGAUUUUGGGCGAGAUUGUAGGUUUGGGUUAGGGUAAGCAUUUGGGCUAUGUCCAGGGUUAGGGUUGGGAUUAGUGCUAGCCCUGUUUACAUCUCGUGACAUAUGAUGAAAAAUUGAACUGGCCUUAUCAUUUAGCACUAACCGUUAUUUAUGCUAUAUACCACAGUUCAAGUGAGGUUAUUAGUAUAAAUACUCUUAUUUAAAAUGUAUUAUGUAAGAGCUAAAUCAGCCUAUUGCGGAUCUUUUUCUGGCUUCAAAUGUUAUUAUUUAUAUGUUUAUUAACAUGACAGUCCAUAAUCAACUCUCUGAGCCAAGGCUUGGCUCAGAUUUUAAGUAGAUUAGAACACCAUGGCCAUUUACGAGUUUUUCAUGAUAAAAUAGAUAAUCUAUGCUACAUUUUGUCAAAACUUCAACAACUCAUAACUUUGCGCAAUAAAGUAACUUGACUGAAACAUUCAAUAUCUUCAUUUUUCAUUGUCUAUUUUUGAACUAUAGCAAGAAUAGUGAGCUAUUUAUCUAAAUUUUACACAACUGGCAAAAUAUAACAUGACAUCAUUAUCAUUUAGAUGAAGCCCUGUUUUAUAUCGAUUCCCUGGUUGUCGUGACAAGGAGUAGGGUCGCCUGUCCAACCUCGUGGGUUUUCUUCGGAUCCUUCGGUUUCCUCCCACUGCUAUAUAAAGACAACUACGCUCAAGCAAAUUAUUGAAAUAAAAUUGAACCAUCUUAGUCCCAAAAUGACCUAAUUGUGUCAAGUGGAGGUUAAACCCCAUUUCUCUCUCUCUUUCUCUCUCUGUUUUUUUAGAAAGAGUUAUGCCAUUUAAUUUAUAGAUUGUAUAGACUCGAACUGGACUAGGAUUGACCUAUAUUAGAAAAAAUACCUAUAAUUAAAAUUAAACCAGGUGUUAUGGAAAGAGUGAGCAUACCCUACCAUGAGCAUGGCAUGUACCACUACUGUGAAUGAUUUCUACAUAUACUACCAUAUAGUUUACAAAAUAUAACUUUGCUUAAUCCAUGAAGUGACUUUGGAUGAUCUUUAUUUAAAGUUACAAUUUCAUAUUUUUAAGUUAUAUUUUUAAAAUGUAUUAAAAUAAAGCCCUAAAAUAGAUGGUAUCUAUAAACAGUCCUACCUUGUCAAAGAAUAAUCCUAUUAAUACUAUAAUUCACUAUUGCCAGUUGAGAAAUUUUCAAAAAUAUCAUUUUCAACUUCAAAUUCAAACGUUUGAAGUUAGCUAUUCCAUGGUGGGGAAUAGGAAAACAAGGGAGGUAAUUGUGUUAUUAUUUCCACUGUGAAGAUUUUUAAGUGUGAGAAAGAUAACCUAUGAUCCUAUAAUAGUGAGUUGACAACCUAUUGAGCAAAAGACAUAGAAAUAAUUAUGUUUUGACUUUCUUAGAAAAUAUAAAAUUGUAACUUUAAACAAACUGUUCUAUUUUAUAUCAAUUUCCCAUCCACACCAAGAUGUAUAUUGAAUGAGAUAUGGAUAUAAAUUUGUCAAUUCAACCCCUCUAGAACUAUGACUAAAGGUCCAUUAAAUUGGCGGUUUGUAAUUAGAUUUGUGGUAAAACAAUGUCUUUUAGAACAUCAUGCAUUAAUUAUAGCUGCCUGAAAAUAGAGCACACAACCUGAAAUAAGUCACACAACCUGAAAUAGGGUACCCAACUGCAAUGGGGUUUCCAACCUGAAAUAGGGUAACCCACCUGAAAUAGGGUACCCAACCUGAGUGAAACAAGGUACCCAAAUGUCUGCAGGUCGACUUCAGAUAGAGUAAAUAAGGGUGAUCAGCUCUCUAAAUGAUCUUAAGGUCAGUUUAUACCAACUGAACUGAUUUAAAUCAAAUUGCUUCCAUUAACUCUGGGGUAUUAAUUAUAUUAUUCUUGUUUAUUUGUGUUUAGAUGAUCAGCUUUAUUCUAGGCCAGAAUAACAUUAAAAAGUUUAUGAUUCCUCCAUUGCCCAUCGUAUUGAAGUGUAUAUCAAAAUGAACAACACUAACCCUUACAAAUUUUAUUUAUAUAUUUUGAAAUGGUUAAAUUAUUCAGUGUAUUUUACCAUUAAGUUCAUCUAUUACAUGUUCACACAUUGCUUGUUAUGGGGAUUGCUGCACGAUUUGCACCAUGGUAAAUCAGGCAAUGGAAAUGGAACUUUGAUGCACCCCACUCCGCCUUUGUCCUGGUGCCCUAAGCAUAUGCAUGUUUUGCGUUUUGUUUUUUUUACUUGGUUAAUUCAGGGGUGGGUAUAAUGAUUAUUCUAAUCUUUAUCAUUGAACAAUCUAAUUAAAAUAUAGAACUAUA